AAUUUUACGAUACACAAAUUUUGUGACGUAGUUCACAGGGGUUUACAGAAUCGUACAGUUUUCGUCAGAAAAGUGGCUAUAAAAGUCGAUUUCCUUGGAAUUCGUACAUUCUAAUCAUGCCUAAAGUUGUGUCAAGGAGUGUCGUCUGCACAGACACCAAAGAUCAGGAAGAAUAUCAAGGCGAAAAGCCACUUCAUGUGUAUUAUUGCUUGUGUGGACAGAUUUCAUGUAUUUUAGAUUGUCCAGUUGACAAGUUACCCGUGCGUCGGAGGGACAAUGCUCGUGUUAUCGAUGGUGCAAAGCAUGCUCAUAAAAUCACAUGUGAUAAAGAUGAUAUUGCUGUCGUACACUUGAGAAGAAAAGAGGGAAUCGAAAGACAAUUUAGAAUGAAAUGUAAAAAAUGUGGUUUAUGGUUGUUCUAUCAGCAUAAAGAUGGUGGUACUAAAUCCAAAACGACUGUCACGUUUAUUGUUGACGGUGCGCUCAAAAAGGAAGGCUCUGCUGGAAAAUCAAAUGUCUAUGCACAGGCUGCACAACCCAAGAAGGUCACACUCACCAAACACACCAAAAACAUGGGUAAAUUCAGUUCUGUGACAGUGUCAACUGUAGAUGAAGAGGAGGAGGAAAUGGAAGCGAAAGAAAUUGCGGAUUCAUAUGCAGCCAAUGCCCGGGUGAUUGAGAAACAGCUUGUUAGGAAAGGAUUGAGUAAAAGAAAACUGCUAGAACAGGCUGAGGAAGACGCAAAGAAAAUGCGACCCAAGGGAACUCUGAUCGAUAAAUGAGGAUUUUGUCUUUGUUUAAUGAACUUUUCAAUGAUUGAUCUCUCAAAAAAUUGUUUCAAUGGAAAGACUUAAAAAUCUUGGGAUUUUUAAUCAGCUGGAUGAGCAUAAAUACCUGUGGAAUCGAUAACCAGCUGGAAGUGUGGCACUAAUAUUGGGACUGUCUGCUAUCUGAAGCAGUGCUCAAUUCAGCCACGCAAGUGGCAUUUUGGAUUGUCCACAACUUAGGCUGGUACCUACUUAUAAACACUACUGUUGUAUGAUUGCCAGCAUGGCUUUGGAUGGGAAGAGGUUAUUAUUCCUGCCCAGCUUCGUGCCACUGUUGUGACUGUGAUGAAGUGUUGAAUAGUUAGACAAUGUGAGGAAUGCUUGUGAAAAGAAACCACAUGUGACAUUAAACUUUUCUGUGCUUAA